CCCGGAUCUUACAAGCCCCCUCGCCGCCGCCGCCUCCUGCUCCAGCUCCGCGGCGCUCCGGAGUGCACGGCCGAUCCCCUCCCCGGGGCUGCACCGAAGACGCGCGCGGGGAAACUCCGGCUGGCGAGGCGAGGCGAGGCGGAGGGAAGGGGAGGGGGGCACGACGCCAGCUUCCUGCUUGCAAAGGAGCGGGGAGGAGAAGGAGGGACCGGGCCGGGGGGAGCUGCUGCGCGCAAAGAGCCCGAGCGAGCGAGCGAGAGGGAGGCCGGGAAGCCGCCGGAGCAGAAGCCGCCCCGAGGGCUCCUCCCCAGCGUUUUGCCCAGAAUGUUUGACGUUCACCAACGCUGAGGAGCCGCGAUGGGGUCUGCCUCCUAGCUCCAGGUAACACCCCCCCUCCCGAAUCCUGAACCCACAUCUGUCGUGGCGGCCGCGGAGAGUCGCCUCUGGGGGCGGAGCCCACCUCGGUCUCUCCUUCUUGGUCCUGGAUGGAAUUGCGGUGAAUGGAACAGAAGCCCAGCACGGUGGAGUGCCUGUCGGAGCCAGAGGACACCCGGUGGCCGGAUGGGAAACGUAAAAGAAAAAGCAGCCAAUGUUCGGUGAAAAGCAGUAUGUCAGGGUACAUCCCUAGCUACUUGGACAAAGAUGAACAGUGCGUUGUAUGUGGAGACAAAGCCACGGGGUACCACUACCGAUGUAUCACCUGCGAAGGCUGCAAGGGCUUUUUCCGACGGACCAUCCAGAAGAACCUGCACCCGACCUACUCCUGCAAGUACGAUGGCUCCUGCGUCAUUGACAAGAUCACCCGCAACCAGUGCCAGCUUUGCCGAUUCAAGAAGUGCAUUGCCGUUGGCAUGGCCAUGGACUUGGUGCUGGAUGACUCCAAGAGGGUAGCCAAGCGGAAACUGAUCGAAGAGAACCGGGAAAGGCGGCGCAAAGAGGAGAUGCUGAAAUCCCUUCAGCAUCGGCCGGAGCCGACAGCGGAGGAGUGGGAGCUGAUCCACAUCGCCACGGAGGCACACCGCAGUACCAAUGCCCAAGGCAGCCACUGGAAACAGAAGCGGAAAUUUCUGCCUGAAGACAUCGGUCAGUCACCCAUGGCCUCCAUGCCCGAUGGGGACAAAGUGGACUUGGAGGCGUUCAGUGAGUUUACGAAGAUCAUCACCCCCGCCAUCACCCGCGUGGUGGACUUUGCCAAAAAACUGCCCAUGUUUUCAGAGCUGCCUUGUGAGGACCAGAUCAUCCUGUUGAAGGGCUGCUGCAUGGAGAUCAUGUCGCUGCGGGCAGCUGUGCGCUACGACCCUGAAAGCGAGACGCUGACGUUGAGUGGCGAGAUGGCCGUCAAGCGGGAACAGCUGAAGAACGGCGGUCUGGGCGUGGUGUCGGAUGCCAUCUUUGAUUUGGGCAAGUCCCUCUCUGCCUUCAACCUGGACGACACAGAAGUAGCACUGCUCCAGGCUGUGCUACUCAUGUCCUCAGACCGCAGCGGGCUGAUCUGCGUCGACAAGAUCGAGAAAUGCCAAGAGACCUACCUGUUGGCGUUCGAACACUACAUCAACUAUCGCAAACACAACAUUCCCCACUUCUGGCCCAAGCUCCUCAUGAAGGUGACCGACCUGCGCAUGAUCGGGGCUUGCCACGCCAGCCGCUUCCUGCACAUGAAGGUGGAAUGCCCCACAGAGCUCUUUCCCCCACUCUUUCUCGAGGUCUUCGAGGAUCAGGAAGUCUAG